ACAAGAGCGUGUGACGACGCUCAGUGUGCGCGCAGCCCUCGCCCCGCCGGCCGGGAGCAUGUCGCUCCCAUAACUGAAAACUUUUUACGCGCGUAAAACUUUUUCUUCCUCUUUCGUUUGCGUUCUCUUUGGACAAUCGCGAAGGUGACCCGAUACUGGCCGUCUAGAAACUUAUAAUAGUUUUGCAAGUUCAGAAGAAGAAAGUCCAGCAGAAGCCGGCAUCCCAUGGAUUUGCGAGCAGCCAUCGUGUGACCUCCAGAGGACAGAAAUAUGCAUGAUCCUUGGUGGGCAGUGUACGUGUUGUCAAUAUUCAUGCUUGGCCUCGACUCCAAACUUGUGGGGGAAGCGUUUCAGCCGGAGUUUGCGGAGCCGCUCGUGAACCUGACAGUGCCUCGCGGCCGCGACGCCACCUUCCAGUGCUUAGUGCAGAACCUGGGCGGUUAUAGAGUGGGCUGGGUGAAGGCAGACACGAAGGCCAUCCAAGCCAUCCACGUGCACGUGAUCACGAACAACCACCGCGUAGCCGUGUCCCACAGCGGGCAGGUGGUAUGGAACCUGCACAUCAAGAACGUGCAGGAGGAGGACCGGGGACAGUACAUGUGUCAGAUCAAUACGGAUCCAAUGAAGAGUCAGAUGGGUUACCUGGACGUGGUGGUGCCCCCAGACUUCAUCGAGGAGGAGACGUCUGGGGACGUGAUGGUCCCUGAAGGCGGCACCGUGAAGGUGCUGUGCCGCGCCAGGGGCAUCCCCGCGCCGCGAGUCAUGUGGAGAAGGGAGGAUGGCAGUGAUAUUGUGCUGAGGAACUCUAGCGGGGCUAAAACUAAGGUGGCCAUAUACGAGGAUGAACUCUUGACCAUCGCGAAGAUCUCUCGCUCGGAGAUGGGGCCGUACCUGUGCAUCGCGAGCAACGGCGUCCCUCCUUCUGUCAGCAAGCGGAUCACUAUCAAAGUACACUUCCACCCGGUGAUCCAGGUGCCCAACCAGCUGGUGGGCGCGCCGCUCGGCACCGACGUGACGCUGGAGUGCUACGUUGAGUCCUCGCCCAAGUCCAUCAACUACUGGGUACGGGACUCCAAUGAAAUGGUGAUAUCGUCGAGCAAAUACGAAGUGUUGACCACGGCACUCAGCAAGUACGAGACGCAGAUGUCUCUGACGGUGCGGCGGAUCACCGCGGCUGACGUGGGCGGCUAUCGGUGUGUGGCCAAGAACUCAUUGGGAGAAGUUGACAGUGUCAUCAGGCUCUACGAAAUCCCUGGGACCACGGCCAGGAUCACUAGCACAACGACAAAAAAGAACGAUUUUAAGUUUUCUACACCCUUGGAAGGACCUGACAACCAGUUUGGCUCAGCCGAGAACUCUGAUGAUGAAGAAGACAGAGACGGAGAAGAACCACAAAUAAAACAAACACCAAAUCCUGUAGAUAACAAAACAAAAAAUAAAUCUGUCUAUUACACUUUAGCUAAUCCAGUUAAUAACAAACAAAAAUCGUAUAACAAAAAUAACAAAAUAAUAAACAAAUUUGAUGUAACAACUGAAAUUGAAUCAAAUUUAAGUAGUACGCUACAAGGUAAUAUCAUAAUAUUGUGUACUGUUUUAUGUUUACAGGUAUUAAAAUAUAUUGUUGUUUGUAAGAUGUAGGUAAAUCAUUAACCAAAUACAAAUUAAUACGAAAUGCCUCCUCUAAAAUGUUGUUGUACCUAGUUACGAUUUCAUUGACAUAAAUUUACAAAAUUGUUCUCGCAAUCUCUUAGUUAACCUGAUAAAACUUAAAUUUAACAUUACAUUUAACAUUUUUUUAACAAUACAUUAUGAACCUACUAAUAAAUUCUAUUUAGGCUAUACCUACUUAUACAAUUUAUUUGAUAUCUUUUACAUAAUUAUGAAAGUUAUGUAUAUAUGAUAAAUAUGUUUUCUAAUAGAAUAUAAGCUACUGUUAUAUAGAUUCACUCUCUUACUGUGCACAACAGAUUUAAAGUAUUAUACUAGGUUAUUUAGUUAGUACCUAUUACUUAUCCUCUACAUUAUCUCUUUUGUAAGUUUAUGUCACAUAGGUAUUAAACCAAAUAAUGUUUUUCAUUAUGAAAUAAAA